UAGCCUACAAAAUUACAACUUCCGGUUUUGUUCUGUAAUGUUUUGAUUGACGUUUUUACAGAUUCUUUAGAGGGGCAAUCAUCAACGCACGGGGGGUGUCGUGUUGGGAUUUGUUUACAAGUUAAUUCUUUGCUUUCAUAUGUAGUCGAUAGAUCCUGUCAGUUGAGCCUCUGUACGUAGGAAUAUCUUUCGUACAUCACUGAACAGGAAACGUCAGACUGCGCCAAUCACUCAUGCGUAGAUAGUUUUGUUUACAAACAUAUUACCACGUGAACUACAAUGGUUGAAGCUAUAAUACUUCUUACCUGAUGUGAACGGAGACAUUUUCACAGCUAUUAUACCAUUAUGAACACCUCAUGGGCGCUCAAGAGGAAAUUCCAAAGAGAAAUUGAUGAGAAAGUUCACACAGGUUUCCAACGUGUUCUACAGGUCACCCCAGAUUUGAUAAAUCGACUUGGCUUGGAAAAGGAAUUAGAGGGGCACCAGGGCUGUGUGAACUGCCUCGAGUGGAAUGAAGACGGCACGCGGCUAGCAAGUGGCUCGGAUGAUGUUCAGGUGAUCAUCUGGGACCCGUUCCAUCAUCGCAGUCAGACUACAGUGAGAACUGGCCAUCAGGGAAACAUCUUCUCUGUCAAGUUCCUGCCCAACUGUAACGACUCCAUGGUGGUGACCGGAGCAGCGGACUGCAAGAUCCGCGUGCAUGACCUCAACCUGAAGGACACGACGCAAGUGUUCAGCUGCCACGCUGGGAGGGUCAAGAGAAUCGCCACAGCACCCAAUGUGCCCUUCAUGUUCUGGAGUGCUGCUGAGGACGGCACUGUCAUGCAGUUUGACCUCCGCACCCCCGAGUCGAGUCAGAAUAACCCCCGGAACGUCCUCAUCAACCUCCUGGCUCACAUGGGGGAGUAUGCCGAGGCUAAGUGUAUCUCCAUCAACCAGCUGCGACCGGAACUCAUAGCCGUGGGGGCCAAUGACCCCUAUGUGCGAGUGUACGACAGACGCAUGCUGACCUGCCGUAGCAUGAAGUUCCCUGGAGACUUCAACAACAGAUUCCCAUGGGAGCAUCCACACCUGGAGCUGAUGGACGGGGAGGACUACACCCUGCCUCCUGGCUGCGUCAGCUUCUAUGUUGCAGGUCACUUACCCCAGAAGCAGUCUGACUACAAGAAGAAGUACCGCACACUGGCGGCGACCUACGUGACCUUCAGUCCCGAUGGCUCGGAGCUCCUGGUCAAUCUCGGGGGAGAGCAGAUCUACCUGUUUGAUGUUAACAGGAAGAGGCAGGCCCAGAAGUUUGACCUGAGUCACUUCCUCUCCCCUAACGGAGUAGUCAAAGAAGCAGCAGCCGCAGCAGCAUGUUCCCACACCAAUGGAUUCAGUUUACAUCGAAAUGGCACCACCAACGGCGUGACGAACGGUGUAACCAAACACUCGGUGUUGACGUCGUCAGCGGCCUGUGUAGCUGCCAGAGACAGCGACGAUGCCAUGCCCAAAACAAUUAAGAGACACAAAGCAGACACCAAGAACCUGGGUCCCCUGGUGGAGACACUUAAGAAACGAGCCAACAGUUGUUUUGAGAAAGAGCAGUAUACCAAAGCUAUCAUGUUGUACAACCAGGCCAUCGCCCGCGCCCCCCAUGGGCCCGUACUGUAUGGGAACCGGGCUGCGGCCUACAUGAAGAGGAAGUGGGACGGAGACCUAUACGCCGCCAUGCGAGACUGCCACAGUGCCUUACGUCUUGACCCGAACCACUUGAAGGCACACUUCCGUCUAGCGCGUUGCCUGUACGAGCUGGCCUGGCCACAGGAGGCACACGAAUGCCUGAAGCACUUCAAGUCCAAGUUUCCCGACUACGCCAAGAGCCACGCGUGUGAAGCCCUGGACAGGGACAUAAAGGCAGCCAUAUUCUCAUGGACAGACCCAGGUGAAGACAAGGAGACUGGCAAGGGGGAUGAGGGAGCCAACCGCCGCCGCACACCCGUCAUCUCGGACCAGGAGAAGAUCCUCCGAGAUGCAGCAUGUGACUAUGAGUAUCGCUUCUGUGGCCAUUGUAACACAACCACCGACAUCAAGGAGGCCAAUUUCUUCGGCAGCAAUGGUCAGUACAUCGUUGCCGGAUCUGACGAUGGAUCCUUCUUCAUCUGGGAGAAGGAGACAACCAACAUUGUGAGGGUCCUAAGGGGAGAUGACUCUAUUGUUAACUGUCUACAACCCCACCCCAACUCCUGUCUCCUAGCAACCAGCGGCAUUGACCCCGUCGUCCGACUCUGGAGCCCAAAAGCAGAGGAUGGCAGUAAAAAUGAGCGGGAAAUUGACAACUCUGACGAUGCAGCAUCGGCCAAUCAGAAGCGGAUGAACGCAGAUCCUCUGGAAGUGAUGCUUAUGAAUAUGGGUUAUCGUAUCACAGGGUUCCUUGAUGUAGAUGAAGAUGACUCGGAACGAGGCGAGCAGCCUGUCAACUGUCGGCCUACCUGAUCCCCUAGCAUUGUGUGUCAUGACGACCAUGACAGCCACGUAGAUACGAGCAUUUCCCCGGGGAAUGUGUCAAAAGUUCACAUAUCAUUUUUAACAUGAAUCAUUUCUUUGGUUGGUUAUGGCUAGCUUGUGUUUGAAGCUGAACUCUCCAAUACUGGAAGGCUUUUUCAAAAUAUCAAAAAUGUGAAUUUGCAUAAGUGGUCAUCUUUGUCAUGUUUGUUUGUUUAAGAAAGUUCUGUUGUGGUCUGACACUGCAAUGUGUGUUCGAGUGAUUGCGGAAGAAAAACAUCAAUAUUGGUUGUUUGCCAGGAAUAAUUAGGUUCUCAGUCUGAUUGGGGCAGCUAAGAAAUAAUAUUAGGUAGACUGACUCAAGUUAGUGGUCUGAUGCAGAUUUUGUUGCAUUAAAACUUAUUCUGUGUGAUCUCCUGAUUUUACCACUGGAAAGAAAGUGUACUUUCAGGUCAUUGUACCUUAAAUCCUGAAAUAAAUCCUUAGAUAAACCCCUGCCUUGAAUAAACGCCAGUGUGUUGACACACUAAACAAGAAAUGCCUGUCUAGAAUGUACUCUGGUCGAAGGCCUUCCAAAAUGAGAGAUAUUUGAAAAUUAUUGUUUUUAAAUUAAACGUCUGCAUCAAAUGGUCGAUGGAGCCUGAAAUAAAUGUGUAGUGCUUAUUUGGGGAUUUACGAUAGUUUCAAUACUUAGGGACAGCAGUAAAAUGAGUGGUAGGAAAGCAUUGUUGUGACCAAGCCUAGUUCGGCAAGGGUGGAAACUGGACUUUUAGUCAGUUAACUCCCUUGCCUCGGGAAGAUGGUACUCUCUGUCGACACAAUCUCUACUUGCUUGGUUAACAGCAGGACAUGCCCAUGUUCAUGGUUAGCAUGCCUCACAGGUGUGUUCUAAACUGUAGGACUUCAUAAUCAGAUUAACAUUAUCCUAGUUGUAUGGUACAGAUGAUUGAAUGUCAGCCAUUAGGAUUUGUCAAAUGCUUUAUUUAUUAAUGUAAAUAUUGUUGAUAAUUUCUGCAAAAAUGUUUUGAUGUUAUAUGCUUGUAUCAGCAGAAUAUUUAAAGUAUGAUAGGUCAGAAGAAAUUAUGCACAGUUUUUUUUAAAGUAUAGUUCUGAUGAUUUGUUAAGGUGGACAAUCCUUUGUUGGGGGAAAGGUGUGUGCAGCAUAGACAAAGAAUGUCUUUAAACAAAAUUAAUUUGAUUCAUGUCGAUGUUUGGUCUGAUACGGACAGUGCCUGAGUAAAGAGAAGGUUUGGUAUCAUCACCUAACACAAAACAGCCAGCACCUGUGGGCCAGUGGUUGGAUACUCUGAUCUGGUACACACUGUCACUGAAGCUGGUCAAUAUCUAGGUUUAGACAUGAUGGUUUAACCUUGUGUUCGUAGUGUUAGUUUGUCUCCCUGCUGUCCCCACCGGAAUUAUUUCAGUAGGCUGUCAAAUUUGUUGGUCUCAAACAGAUUCUGUUGUGUUAAUUGUUUUCUGAAUGAGUAUUAUAAUGGAUGUGUUGCUACACUGGUUUAACUUGGGAUAAGGGUUUGUUCACUGUGUACAUCUGUAUUUGUUUGCUGUCCCUGGGACAGACAAUUAGUUUCUUGCUCUAAGGAUACGCUUACCUGAACACCCCACGUUCUACAUGUACGCAAAAACAGAAUAUAAUAAGGUUACAAGUGUAUGUUUUUAACCACCUCCUUGUUAGUAAUUUUGUUCGAAUUUUUUCAAGAACUUUUUCUAGUAAAUCAGGUCUGAAGCUUUAUUUGUAAAGAUAUGUCUACUUAUUUGCUAGUAAUUAACUUUAUAUGCAUGGUUAGCAAUCCAUGAAACAAGAAGUUUGUUUGUUGUGGCCUUCUGUGGCUUCUGUGAUAUAAGUAAACACAUCCACUACAAGUAGUUCCUGAAGUUAGAGUGGCCCUCGCAGAGCUUGUCAGGCCAAUGACUCAGAUCAACCAUAGAUAGUUUUUCCUGGGAAUUUGUCUGCUUUCUGUUCAUAUAUUUGAAACAAGGAUUUCCACAGCAUGUUUUGAUCAAUCAUGAUUUUGUGAAGAUUACUUUAUGAAACAUUCUGGUAAUCAGUUUGGUUUUGAAGGAUACCUUGAAGUCAGGGUACGAUAUAUAUCAUGGUACUUUGUAGCGAUAUGGUACACACCAUAAUAUUUUAUCUUCAUUAAAAAAUUUAUGUUUGAUUAAAUUGAAAAGAGAAGGUUAUUUCUUUUACAAAACAGCUCUUGGUGUGAAAUGUGAUUGUAGACAACACCAGGUCAUGGUGAGAUAGGGUGCACCGGUGGCCCAGUCGUCUAAGGCGCCGCAAUUCACUGCCAGAACCUACGAUUGUGGGUUUGAAUCCCGGUUCACCCCGAUAAGGUUUCUAGGUUUGUCAGCACCAUACCCAUGCUCGUGGGUUUCA